GAUAAUAAGGAAUUUUAAGUGUAUCUUUUAUCUUUAAAGGAAUGUGCUAAAAGAAUUGCAAAAGUUUCAGCAGAAGCCAAACUUGAAAUUGAUGAAGAAACGUACCUAAGUUCAUUCAAACCUCACCUAAUGGAUGUAGUAUAUACGUGGGCGACUGGAGCUACAUUUGCCCAUAUAUGCAAAAUGACAGAUGUCUUUGAAGGCAGCAUAAUCCGUUGUAUGAGACGCCUGGAAGAACUGCUUCGACAAAUGUGUCAAGCAGCAAAAGCCAUUGGGAACACUGAGCUGGAAAACAAAUUUGCAGAAGGAAUCACCAAAAUCAAAAGAGAUAUUGUGUUUGCUGCCAGCCUCUACUUAUAGAGUCAGCCAGAGGAUUGUGGGAUUUUAAGUGACUCACGCCACCUGUGUGAUUGCACAUGACUUCAGAUGCUUACAAAUGUUGAUUUGGUUCUCCCAUGUCAAGACAGUUGUUCAGAAGCAUUUUAAUAGGUGUUAUAUUUAAAUCAAAUAUCAUGCUAAGAAAGCAUAUUACAUACACAUUUGUACAUAAGCAUUACAUUUUUUUAAUAAAAAAAUGUACAGGUGGGGCAAUGUU